AAAAUAAGCUAAAGGGCUUACAGAAAGCAGUUAUAAACCAUCUGGAAAAUUUAAUUUGAAAUAACAGGUACAAUACUGUAAUUACAAUUUCAAACUCGGAUUCAGUAAUGUACUUUGAACCCAUUACCUGUCUUAUUCCUUUUACAAUAAGAAACGCAAAGCUUUUAAUUUACUUGAUGUGGAUUAAUCUUUUUUUUCUCAUGUUCAGAAAUAUGUACAAUUACAAAAUCGUUCAAAGUAUUAAUGACAAUGUUAAAUGAUGAUGUUUGCUAAGUGAUAAUGCUUGUUCUAUAAGACGGCUGGAACAUCUGAGGAAUAAGAAACCAAACACAUAAAGGAUUUAGUUACCCUCUCCUUCAGUGGAAAUUUACAUUCUUCUGAUUUUUGUCUAGAGGUGCGCAUUAAGUACUGUGAGCAAGAAAAGCAGCUCCAAGACAUACAUGUGGAUUCUGGCUCACAGUCGAUCAUCUGAGGACAUGUCCUCAAUUAACUAACGAGGCGCCGGGCAGCACUUCCCGGAGUGGCCUUGCACCCAUUGGGACUGGAUCCGGUGGGACCUACCCAUCGACAGCAGCACAUCAUCACCACCACGCGGGUGGUGGCGGAGGGGCAAGCAGGCUGGGCUUCGCAAUGACCCACGACGCCAAGAGGUGCAGGAAACUCGCGCCCGCAGACCGCGCCGUGGGAGAGCCUCCCGGGCGCUGCGCCCCCGCCCUCCGCCCGCGCCCCUGAUUGGGUCCGCUCUCAUCUGCCCACUCCACUCGGCUCCCCGAGGAGGAAGCCAGCGAGUCCGGCCCAGGCCUUGCCCCGGAUCAAGCGGGCACGUUUUGUUUCUGAGGCCAAAAGGCCUUUGCUGCGAUGUCGGGAGGACAGCCGACCGCCGACUUGGGAGUUUAAGGAGCCGGGCUCGGAGUUGGUGGAGUCCAGGCUGCACCAGAACGUUUACUCGCUCUGGUAAUGGAUACACGCUGGAAGCAUCACUGAAGCCUUCCCGGCAUCCCACCUACCACACAGCUACACUUAACUUCCGCAGAAGGAAGUACAUGGGAUACCUGCUCGAAGCCAGCCACCGAACUCGAUGAAGGAUGCCGGCGUGGGAACAUAUUGAUGUGCCAGUGUCCUCAUUCUAUAGUGUGUUCCAUUCUUUUGCAAGCUCAGCAAAAAUGGUCUUCAAAGAAAACAUUUUGUGACAUAAGAAGCUCCUUUUACAUUUGUAACCACCAGCCUGUCUUAAGAUGAACAUCGGUUCUACAGAGUACGAAGUUCUGAGAUCUCGAAGAAGCACAUGCCCAUUUAACACGGAGCCUAACUAAGAACGGACGUCAGAAUGUUUGUUAGUGGCAGAAGAGUGAAAAAAUGGCAGUUUGUCCAGUUAUUUGCCACUUGUUUCAUACUGAGCCUCAUGUUUUUUUGGGAACCAUUUAAUAACCACAUUGUGAGCCAUAUGAAAUCCUACUCUUACAGAUACCUCAUAAACAGCUACGACUUUGUGAAUGAGAGCCUGUCUCUUAAGCGCAGCGAGGAUGGGGCUCCUCGCUACCAGUACUGGAUUAACCACAAGGAGAAGUGCCAAGCACAGGAUGUCCUCCUUUUACUGUUUGUAAAGACUGCUCCUGAAAACUACGACCGACGUUCUACAAUCAGGAAAACGUGGGGCAAUGAGAAGUAUGUUCGGUCUCAACUUAAUGCCAACAUCAAAACUCUGUUUGCCUUAGGAACACCUUCGAACCCACUGACGAGAGAAAAACUGCAAAGGAAAUUGGUUUGGGAAGACCAAAUGUACAAUGAUAUAAUUCAGCAAGACUUUGCCGAUUCUUUCUACAAUCUGACUCUUAAAUUACGUAUGCAGUUCAGUUGGGCAAAUACCUUUUGUCCACAUGCUAAAUUCCUUAUGACUGCUGAUGAUGACAUAUUUAUUCACAUGCCAAACCUUAUUGAAUACCUCCAAAGUUUAGAACAGAUGGGUGUUCAAGACUUUUGGAUUGGUCGUGUUCACCGUGGUGCCCCUCCCGUUAGAAACAAACACAGCAAAUACUAUGUCUCCUAUGAAAUGUACCAGUGGCCAGCUUACCCUGACUACACUGCUGGGGCUGCUUACGUGAUCUCUAGUGAUGUAGCUGCCAAAGUCUAUGAGGCCUCACAGACACUCAACUCUAGUCUUUACAUUGAUGAUGUGUUCAUGGGCCUCUGUGCCAAUAAAAUGGGGAUAGUACCACAAGACCAUGUGUUUUUCUCUGGGGAAGGGAAAACUCCUUAUCAUCCCUGCAUCUACAAUAAAAUGAUGACAUCUCAUGGACAUGUUCAAGAUCUUCAGGUCCUUUGGGAGGAUGCCACAGACCCUAAAGUGAAAACAGUUGCAAAUGGUUUUUUUGGCCAGGUAUACUGCAGGAUAAUGAAAAUAGUUCUCCUUUGCAAGUUGACCUAUGUGGACACAUAUCCCUGUUGGGCUGCCUUUGUCUAAUAGUACUUGAAUGUUGUAUGUUUCCACUGUCACUGAGCCAAACCUGGACGAAAAACCUUUAAAUGUUUGUCUAUACCUUAAGUGAAAGAUGAAUCUGAACAAAACAAAGAAAUAUUUUGAAAGUGUAGUCUCAGAAUUUUUCUUUGAUUGUAGAAGCUAUUCAGUAUAACUUAUCUACUUCAUUGCCUAAAUCCAUUUCAAGGAAUUUAUAUUUAGAAAAGGUUUGUGAAAACAAAACUAAAGGGAAAUUCAAGUUCUCAAUGCCACACAUGUAUCUGCAGCAUAAAGAAGUUAUUAAGGAACCAUAGUGUUAGAAUAACUGCAUUGGAAAGUACCAACCAAGUGUAGAGUGUACCAUUUCAAAGAAAGGAAUAUGUUGUUAAACUAGGUAUACAAGUUAAUUUUUAUUAAAGAGCACUUGAUGGAAAUGGUGGGGGCAGCGGAGGAUUGGCAUAAGAGAAAGUACUGCAUCUGGUAAAGGCAAGCCUCAUAUUUUUCAGAGAAGAUUUAGGAAAAUGUAUAGCAGGUCCUCAAAUAACCUGGUUUUGUCAAGCAUCAUUUUGUUACAGCAUUGAUGAGAUUUUGUAGGAACUUGACUCUUGUUUAUAUCAAUUAGCCUAUUGUAAAAAUUUUUCAUUAUACAUUGUUCCACUGCAGUUCCAACUUACCGAUAAUGUUAAAUGAGGACUUCCUGUACACAAUUUCUUUAUAAACAGCCAAAUCACUAUUGUCACAUCCAUGUAGAUAGUAUUGGGGCCAUUUAAAACAUAUUUAUGUCUUUUCUUUUUCCAAAGUUUAAUGUAAAAUUGGAGAAGUCAUUAGCUCUGCCCUAACUGGUACUCUCUAUAUAUUUAUCAUUAGAAAAUGACAUAAAACAUGUCAGCUUGCUACCCAUAGGGUCCUUCUGUAGGAAGAAAUCAUUGUUUAUUUAAAUAAGCUGAUAUUAAUUUUAACUCAAUGAAUUUUUCAACUGGUUCUUAAAUAUUCAAUAUCGGUCUGUUUUUAAGGUAGUUAUUUGAAUGUAGUUUGCAUAGAGGCAUAAUAUAAUGAAGACUUCAAAUGGAAAGGUAGAACAUUAAAAACUUCUUUUCUCUAUAAAUUAUAAAAUAAAAUUCUUAAUAUCUAAACUAUUGUAAUGGUUACUAAAAUUAGUCUACUCCUCCCCAACAGGUCUCAUAAACCACAGUAUUUUGUACCAGUUUCAGAUUUUAAAAUUGAGAGUAUUAAACAUCACACCAAAACUACAGUAUCUUCAAAAAAUCGAUUUCAUCAAAACAACCAUUAGACGUAUCUCUGACUUUUAAGUAUUUCAAACUUGAAGUCAGAAUGAAAGUUGUCAGAAUGAGAUUGAAAGCAUUUGUAAAGCCAUAUGUCCCUUAUAAUCAAGGAGAUGUGGCUGAGAUAGAAUAGAGGGAGUUUCAUUUCUUUUACAAAGCAGGGUAGAAAGGUGGCCACGGUGCUAACAGCUUCCCCUCACUGCAGAAAGAACGGGGUGAUGCCUGUUAUUAGGGGGAUCAUCUGAAAGCCAAAAUAGCGACUUCAGCAAAAGUAGUUGUACUGAUUAUAGAACCUUUGUCUGCAGAGGUGCUUGUUAGGGAAAACGAAGAGUCUCUCAUUUAGAUGAUGUUUGAAACAUGGAAAACAAAAGAAUCCUCAGUAAACACAACUAGAUGAUGGCAUAUACAAUUAUUUUUUGCAGGUAGCUUUUUAAUGUUUACAGAAAUCUUUUUCUCUAUUUUGAACAUUGAGGCUUGUUUAUUUUGACUGCUGAGAUAAUUCAGAAUUCUUAACUAAUGUCAAAACUACAGUGUCAACCAUUGUAGUUUAUAGUUCCCUUCAGAGUAGAUUCGGGGUUUUUAGAUUACAGCUUGAAAUUUCUGACCAAUUUAAAAAACUGGAGAGAAUAAAAGCACAGUGUGACAAAGCAGACGUAUAAUUAAUUUUCAUUAGUUGCGUCUUUAUAUAACAGCUUGCCUUUUGGCCAUACACACCCUGUGUAGCUAUACUUGUAACUGUCUAAAUUUUUCAUUGGUUGGAAAUAUCAGCGUCUCCCUGGCCAUUGAAACGAUCUCGUUUGUUUACAGCAGUACUUCUGUGAAACAGUUAUUUAUUUGUGAAAGAGCUCUCCUCAACUGUGUUCAUCUUUUUCCUUUUUGCUGAGAAUAGAACAGAUUUAAAUUUGCAGGAAAUAUGAAGGCCCUUCCUUUUUGAAUAAGAAGGAAGUUUCCAGAUGCUUCUUUCAUCAGACUUAAAGUACUGAGAAGACUAUUUGUAAAUACAAUAUAAGGAUUCCCGCCUUUUAAAAAGGAAGGUACAACUUUGGUGCUCCAAUGCAGGGCUGUCUGAAAACUCAUAAACGAAGGGAAAAUAAACAAUCAGCCUGGACGGUCACUUGGGUAGAAGACGGUUGUACACAGUGUUAUUGCUAAAAACGUUUUACCUCUUGGUUGGUUCGCAUCUUUUUUUCUUUCAUAUUAUUAAUUUGAUACCAAAAUGUUAAAUAUUUAUAUUAUUUGAAUUUUGCUUAUAUGUUAAAAUAAUUAGUGUGUUUUUUUUAAAAAAAAAUCUGUGAUUUACAAUAAACAACUUGAAAAUUG